AUGUCAGAUGAUAAAGGAGCUUAUUUAGUUUUUGAUAAUGCAUCAAACGGGUCAUUAUUUAUUACAUGGAAAAAAGAGAAAGUAGAAAAUGCUUUGCUAUAUAUAAGACCUACGAAAAAUGUUCCAGAGUUUAAAUUUGCUUAUAACAAUGGAAAAUAUGAACUCAUUAGAAAUUUACAGUCGGAUAAAAAAAUAUUUUUUUCAGGGAUUUGCCAAUUUAUCAAAGAGGCAAGGGACAUAAAAGGAAAAGUAACAUUAUUACCAUACCUAGAUAAUGCGUUUCCUAUAAAAGUUAAUAUAUAUUUUUUAAAAGGCAACAAUGUUGUUCAACUUAAACCCGGAGAAGCGUUCGAUUUAGAAGGAGUCGAUGCAUUGACAGUUUUACCAUAUGGAUCAAGUUCAUUACAAGUCAAAACAAUGACAAAGGAUAUGUUUGUGGGUAAAGGAAAUUCUGAAGGCGCUAGUAUUUCUUUUUAG